CCGCAUCCUCACCCUCGUCCGCUCCUCCGCUGCCCCAAACCCUAGCCUGAGGAGGGGUCCUCCUCCGCUACCGAGACCCACGAUGUCGACCAUCGCUGCCUCCCGCCGCUCGUCCUCCUCGUCCUCUUCCGCGACCGCCAAGCGCCCCGCGAUUGCGGACGGCCCCGGGGGACCCAAGGCGACCGCCGCACAGGCCAAGAAGCGCGUGGCGCUCGGCAACAUCACCAACGUUGCCGCGCGGGGAGGGAGGGCUUCCGUUGGCGGCAGCCUUGGGAACGUCAUGGCGCCCACCAGCAGCGCGAAGUUGAAUCCAACGGUACCCUUGAAGAAGCCGUCUUUGGCAACAAGUGCUCGGAGUGUGAGUUCUUCCAUCCGGGGUUCUGCUGACAAACCGGCUUCCAUCAAGCCAGCUCCACCAGUAGCACGCCAUGGCAGCGCAACACAAAGGCAUAACAAUGUUCCUCCUCCUAAAGUGCCUACCAUUGCCGAUGUGCCAAGUCGUGCUCCUGCCUUGGUGUCCUGCACCGGCUUGGUGUCUCCUGGACGCUCAGGAGAUUCUGUUUCAUCCGAUGAGACGAUGUCGACUUGCGACUCCAUGAAAAGCCCAGACUUUGAGUACGUAGACAAUCAGGACACCUCGAUGCUGGCUUCGUUGCAGCGACGGACAAGUGAACAUCUGCGAAUAUCAGAGGAUAGAGAUGUUGAAGAAAAUAAGCGGAAGAAAAAUGCCGUGGCCCCAAUGGAAAUUGACCGCAUCUGUGAUGUUGACAGUGAAUAUGAGGAUCCACAGCUGUGCGCUACUCUGGCUUCUGACAUUUACAUGCACUUGCGAGAGGCUGAGACGAAGAAAAGACCGUCAACUGAUUUCAUGGAAACGAUUCAAAAAGAUGUCAACCCAAGCAUGAGAGCAAUUUUGAUAGACUGGCUCGUGGAAGUUGCUGAAGAAUAUCGUCUUGUUCCUGAUACUUUGUACCUGACAGUCAACUACAUUGACCGUUAUCUUUCUGGCAACGAAAUCAGCCGCCAACGGCUGCAAUUACUUGGUGUUGCAUGCAUGCUUAUAGCUGCAAAAUACGAGGAGAUAUGUGCACCACAAGUAGAAGAAUUCUGCUACAUAACAGACAAUACAUAUUUCAGAGAUGAGGUUCUAGAUAUGGAAGCUUCUGUACUGAAUUACUUGAAGUUUGAAAUGACAGCACCUACAGCAAAGUGCUUUUUGAGGAGAUUUGCUCGUGCUGCACAAGCGUGUGAUGAGGAUCCUGCUUUGCAUCUGGAGUUCCUUGCCAAUUACAUCGCUGAGCUAUCACUACUGGAGUACAGUCUACUCUCUUACCCUCCAUCACUAAUAGCUGCAUCGGCUAUUUUCUUGGCGAGAUUUAUACUACAGCCAACAAAGUAUCCUUGGAAUUCCACACUCGCUCAUUACACACAGUACAAACCGUCCAAACUGAGCGAAUGUGUAAAGGCAUUGCAUCGCCUUUGCAGCGUUGGUUCUGGUAGCAACCUUCCAGCAAUCAGAGAAAAGUACAGUCAACAUAAGUACAAAUUUGUUGCAAAGAAGCAGUGUCCACCGCAGAUCCCUACUGAAUUCUUUCGGGACACGACAUGCUAGACUAGAAACCCAGAAGUGAUUCCAGUUGCUUACUGGAUUCUUCUUGAUGUGUCUUGAAUGCCCAGUGUAGCACAGCACAACUAUGCAAGUGCUGAUAACCCCCAGGUUGUUUCAGGUGAUUACAGGGGUGUAAUCAAUGUUUGUGGUCAUGUUAGGUCAUUGGUGUGGUUUUUCUUUUCCUGCUUCCAGUCUUUCUGUAUGUAGAUCAGUGUUUUCAGGCGCUUGUAAAUCCGAGUUCUGUAGUAGAGCACAAUAUCUUGUAAGUUAACUGAAGAAAUUUGGUGAUCAACCAAGUUACCUACAACUUAUGUUGAGCUGGUGAUCAGGUUUUUGCGCU